GAAAAUAAAACAAAGUUAUCUGUGAUGAAAGACAUAAUAUAUUUUUAUGGUUAUUAAUAUAAUAAUAGGAGUAUUUUACUUAUUAAUUAUGACAACUUGAUUAUUUAGAGUGUACAUUUAAUUAAUUUAUAUGAAAAUAUGUGGUUUCUACAUUUGCUUAGUUAUUUGUCUUUAUUAAUACAGAUUGUUUUUAUAACUAUAUCUCUUGCUGCCGGAUUAUAUUACCUUGCAGAAUUAGUCGAAGAGCAUACAGUUCUAGCCAAGCAAGCAAUUUACAUUAUGAUAUCAACGUCUGUGUUAAUAUAUAUUGGAUUUAUAUUCUUUGAAUCGUUCAGUUGGAUUUUAAUAAUGUGUGGCCUAGCAGCUCAAAUAUCACAUUAUUCAAUAUUACAAACUUUUCCUUCAGUACGAUUGUCUUCUGCUUCAUUCAUAGCCGCUGUGAUUCUUCUUGUAGUUAAUCAUUACCUAGCAUUCACAUUUUUUGCUAGCACUUACCAUCCAUUUUCACAGGUUGUGGCCUACUUUAUAUUAUGCCUUUGGCUUGUGCCAUUUGCAUUGUUUGUAUCGUUAUCAGCGAAUGAUAAUGUACUUCCCACAGUCAAAGAAAGCUCUUCAUUAUUACAUGACAAUGAUGUGGUCUCUCACUAUUUCUCACGCAAUGGACAAAAACCUGGCUUGCUUACAUUUUUUAACAAAGUGAAGGAUUCUAUUCUGCCACAAACAAAUAAGAAGUCCUUCUAGUGAUUUUAUAUAAUAGAAC